CAUCUGGACGUAACUUACAAGCAAGGGAAACAGUUGUACAUCACUGACAUGCUGUCAAGAGCAGCACUCCUCAUAAAGAAAGUUGAGGAUGCUAUAACAGGAUGUGAAAUCUUCCAGAUUCAACGUGAAGCAGCAGCUUGACAUGCUGUGGAAGUCAUCAGCCCAGUGGAGACAUUGAUUAUAACAGACAAGUGCCUUGCUCAAAUCAAACCAGACGUAAAUCUCCAGGAAGUAAUGAUGAAGGGAUGGCCUGAGAGCAUCAAGGACACAACUGUGGUCAUGAGCACAUUGGGCAUACUGUGAAGAACUGACUGCCCAUAUAAAGGAAAUAGAGUCACCAUCCCUAAGGAGAUGAGAGGACAGAUGCAGAAGUGCAUCCAUGCAAGCCAUCAAGGAAUUGAAUCUAGCCUGAGGAAGGCAAGAGAAAUGCUCUACAGGCCAAACAUGAGCAAUAAAAUCAAAGACUACAUCGGCCAGUGUGGUGCUUGUAACGAGUACCAAGCUAAACAAGCUGAAGAGCUAUUGAUGACAUUCCAGACAGACCAUGGAUGAAGCUGGGAGUAGAUCUUUUCACUAAACACGAACUAAUUAUCUUGUCAACGUAGAAUACUAUUCUGAUUACUGGGAGUUAAACCAGCUGACUUCGACGAUAGGAGAGACAAUAAAAUGCACACUUCAGUCGUUACAGCAUCCCAGACAUUGUGAUGAGUGACAAUAGCCCUCAGUCAUGAGUGAAGAAUUCAGCCUCUUCACAAAGGAUUGGGCAAUUCAAUACAAUGCAUCAUCUCCGCAUAAUCCUCAUGAACCAGAAUAAUGAACAGCCUGUUAAUGCAUGAAAAAUGUUAUAUAGUGGGUGACUUGGGUUGUUCACAGCUACGCAUGAUAGUGCAUGCAAAUUUGUAAUUGAAUGGAAAGGCUGAGGCAGCAGUGAAAAUUGUCAAAUUUUGGCGAUCAAGAAAUGGAGCAAAUCUAGCACAGAUGUAUGCAAGGCGAUCCUCAAGUAGAGAAACACACCGGCUGAAGGCGUGAAAAGUAGGCCAGUCCAAAAACUUAUAUGAUGCUGCAGUUAUUGUGCUAUUGAAACCAGAAGAAGUAAUAGGCGUAAGUGGAAAAAUCAAAGUGAAACGGUAGAAAGUCAAAUUUCAUUUUGACAAGACUGCCAAAUCAUUAUCAGAGUUGAGCAUUGGCGAGCCGGCCAUGGUACAAACCUUCAAAGCUCUCAACAGGAGACAGCCCAUGUGGCAACUUGGAACAUGCAUUGAGCUGUUGUCACGCGAUCGUACGCGGUAGAAGUGAACAACAGAAACGAGUGCAACCGCAGGCAUACACGAGCAACUAGGGAAGCUGUUCCUUCACUGCAGGUGGCCAAGCAGGAAGAUGGGAUCUCACCAGUUGCACAGAGUACAGAAUGUCCAUCACUCCCAGAGGUCCACUGGUCCAGUUCAACAGCAACAGUUACCAUGGCACCAGCAAGUGCCACGGGAAUGACACUCCUUGGAGAAGGAACAUCACCCAGACAAACCGCCAAUGACAACGCACAAGCAUACCUUAAGAGACCUGCACAAUUUAAUGACUAUGAUAACUGGAUUGCACACCAAGAUGAGUUUAACCAGCUUUUGUCUGAGCUGAAUGACUGCCACGGACAGAAUGGCUCACCAGUGGCUGAGGAUAAAACUACAUUUAGUCUUGAAGAAAAAUCGAAAUCCUCCAAGAAACGAGUUCACUACCAGAAAUUCACCAAAGGAAAGGAUCUCUCUUCUCGAAGUUCAACAGAUCUAGCCUGCAUUUUUGGAAAACGUAGCCAACGGGUCAGAGGAUCCAGAGAUCAAGAAGAGCAGGUGAAGGAUGAUGCGUGUUUAGUACCUGUUGGUGACCCAAAGGCUGCCAGUGCCCCAGAGCCCAAAGUUGAAAUAAAUACUGUGACCAGUUCUCUUACAAUGCAAGAGUACUUUGCCAAUAGGAUGGCUCAACUGAAAAAGCCUAAAGCAGUGCAUGAGAUCCAUCAAACCAGCGCUGCUCAGGAACUUGAAGGAGAUGAUUUGAUUUCAUCCAAAGAAGCAAAAACUAAAUCCAAAAAGAAGAAAAAACGCAGCAGAAGUGAUGCUGAAAGGAUUUGUAACUUUGACCAACUGUCCAUACCCACAAAGCAAGCUACAAGUGAAGGUGAUGUAGAGGUAAAUAAUGGUCUGACAGAAGAGAGCCCAAUUAAGGAAAAUUAUCAGACUAAAAAGAAGUCAAAAAAAAGCAGAACAAAACAUUCAGUGUCACUCAAUCAGAAGAUUUGUCCUUUAGAAGUUGAAUCAGAAGAGGUUCAAGUUGAACAGUACUCAGCAGUAAAUGAGUUAUCAGAGGAGCAAAAUGAGCAGGAUUGGGAAGAGGAUAAGAAGAAACAAAAGAAGAUUAAGAAGAAGGCAACACCCAUGGGUGAAGAUGAGGUUUCUCAAGCCUGUCGUUCAAUAGAAAGGAGGAGGAAAAAGAAAGAAAAGAAAUAGAAGAUUUGGGGCUUGCAGAAAUUGUUGUCCCACAUUUCUUAUUGUAAGCCAUCCAAAUGAAUUAUUUUACUAAUUGUAAAGCAAAUUGUACUUAAAUUGUUCCUCUACAUUUUAUAUAUAUUAAGGGUGGAGUGGUCUUACAUCUGCUAUUGUAACUAAACUUAAGCAGCAAGAUUGAUAAUGGGGAUGAAAUAGUUAAAGUAAGGAAAGUGAUUAAAAGCAUGUUACAACCAUUUUCUUUUACAUACACAAAAUAAAAGGAGUAAAUAUAUUUUUUAGGUAUUGAAAACAGAACAUGCACUAAAUAUUUACAUACAGUUUAAUAUUUCAGAACCGGUUAAUAUUUUUAACUAUUGUUCCAUAUACUUAGACCAAGAUGAAGAACAUACAUUUUUGAAACAGGAGGAGGUCAUUCGGUCCAACAAGUCUCUCCCAGUUUAAUUUGUUUUAAAACCUAUUCAACUACAUUCUUACUAUAUUGCUUAAUUUUUUCCUUUCAGAAACAUAUUUGCCUUGUAAGUAAUAAAGGUGUUAGAUUACCUGACUUUGUCAGGGAAUCUUAUCUGCCAGAAGUAUAAAGCAGAAUCUCAGGUAGCACACCAUUUUCUGAUGUUUACUUUAAAUGGUAUUGAAAUUUCUGACUUAAGUUCCUGACAGGUGAGGCUCCCAGGUGAAAGAGCAAAGUUAGAAAAUUAACUAUUAUAUUCAUUCUACUUAUUUCAAUGACCUUCCCUGGUAACUUAAUCUAGGUCAUACUAUUUAUUUCAAUCUUUUACUCCUCAAUUUCUCCUUUUUAAACAAGUUUUGGCCACCCCCACUAGAGCUGUACCUUGAGUGCCCUACCAUCCAUUCUUAAUUAGCACAUUCGUUUAGAUAAUAUCACCAAAAUCAACAUCUCUGUGUUCUUUUGUUCU